AUGAAUCCCUUCCAAGCCUUGUAUGGUUAUGCACCUCCACAUUUGGCCAUUCCAUAUGAGUUCACUACUUCUAUGGAAAUAGUUGAAGAGUAUCUGAAAAAUAGGGAAGCUAUGGUGGACAUUUUGAAGGAAUCCUUACACAAGGCUCAGGAAAGAAGCAAGAAGUUUGUUGAUAAGAAGAUGACUGACAAGAAUUUUGAUGUGGGAGAUCAAGUUUAUUUAAAUAUACAACCUUACAGGCAACCAUCCUUGGCAGUAAGGAGGAAUUUCAAAUUGUCAACAAGAUAUUAUGGCCCUUUUUGUAUUGUGAGUAAGAUAGGAACGGUAGCUUAUAAACCAGACCUUCUUGCUUAUUCUAAAAUCCACCCUAUGUUUUAUGUUUCUUAG